UAGCACACGACGACGAAUGGUCGACAGGAGCGGGCCUCUUCGGUGCGUGUAUUUCUUCAGUGUCGGGCACGACGCCAAACACCGCGUUCGUUUUAUUCGUUUACACGCGGCCAUCCAAGUUUUUUCCCUCGAUCGACGACAAAUCGAAAGCACGGCGGACUUCGAUUAUCCAUAGAAACACGAAAACAUCUCGUUCAUUACGACAAACGCCAUCAAUUUACUUCAACUUUUUAUUUCUUCCUUUUUUCACCUCAACCGACCGUGUGAUUUAUGUGUAAAAUUAAACUUGGUCUUUCACUGGAUUUUUCUCAUUGCAGAGGAUAACUGAAGUAUGAAAAUAAAGAAUGUGUGUAAUGGAAAAUACAUGUGUAAAAUGUAAUAUAUAAAAUAAAAUAUUUAAAAUAAGCAUAUAAAGUGUGGAAAAUGCGAAAUAAGCGGAAGUUGAAGAGUUCUAAGUGUCGUAGCGUUCGUUCGAACUUCUCACCCCUUUUUCAGACCCAGUUUUUACAUUCGGUAAGACGAGUCGUUUAUCAUCUGUGAUCUUUGAGUGGAAAAAACGAACUGUGAGAAGAGUGUUCAUGAAUCAGAUGCUGCUGCUUUAUCUCUCGCGAAUUUCGAGGAUACGUAAGGUGAUUUUUUGAAUUUCUUUGGUGUGGCGCGAAGUUAUCAUGUGGACUGCGAGGCAGAGAUAGCGAAAGAGCGUACUGGGAUUUUGAUGAAUGGCUCCAGCAGCUUUUCGCACUGAUUUAUCACGACGAAACGUGCCGACAGAGCUUUGGAGACUUCUUCUGCCUGUUGCAAAGCUAGAUAGUAUUGCGUAGUGAAAAUUUAUGCCACUCGAAGGAAAGCCAAUAACGGCGAGAUGAUUAGGAUGAAAGGAAGGAUGAUUUAACAUUAUCAGAAACUAUAAUUCGCCAUGUGGUUCAUUAACAUUAAAAGGGAAAUUUUUGGCAAUAGGUGAAUGCAGAAUGUAUUUGUUUAAGAUGGAAAAACUGCUGGUGAUAGCGAAAAAAGAACAGCGAAUGUUGGUCGACAGCGGCUGAUAAUUCGAAAUUAGAAAAACGAGAUCGAUGCCAGUCUUUGAUUGAUCGAUCUGCGCCUUUGGACGAUUGUUCAUUGAAAAAUUGUAUGUAGGAAAUUUUUUAAAUAAUUAACAAGUUGGUUUUGGUUGUAUAAAAAUCAAUUGGCAAAAAUAAUUCGUUCAAAAAGAACUAAAAGGAAAAAGAAAGAAAGAAAAAAGAAAUUGGAGAAUUGGAUAUUGUAUUUCUCAGAGGAAUUUAUAAAAUAUAUGAAAGCAAAUUACUAAUAUAUUUUCUUACAAGAAAUAUACGAAACGAAGAAAAUAUUUAACGAAUAAAAUAUCUGUCGGUUUAUUUUUGUAAAGCAACUCCCAAAGGAUUUGAAUAAAUAUCGUAAGUAAGAUUUCUUUCGUUGACGUCAAUAUCUGACAGACUGAUAAUGCACAUCGGGGUAUAAAAUCUAAAAAUUUACCAAAGGAACUCCUGAAUGUUUACGAAAUACUUCGAAGAAGAUUUAAGAGCUUAGAGUGAUAUCGAGUAGUACGAAUUCAAAAAUAGUCGAGCAUUCGGUUCGGUCUUCCAGAACCAUUCUAACAUCAUCAACACGUUCCCAAAAUAAAACAGAAACAACGUCAUUCACUUCGAAACUGACCAACAGCAUAAAUAUAACAACCUUCAAUUAUCCAGAUCUUCGCUAUUCAAAAUAUUUCCUUGAAUCACACAAACAGUUUUUCAAAUACACAGGGUGCCAUUUGAAGAAUAGUCAAACUGCUCGAAAAUCUCUUAAUUGAGCAGAAUUUUCUGUUUCAUCCCUAAAUGACUAAUUUCCAUAUUAAAAUUAAAAAAAACUUUUACUCUAAACUAGAAUUUUCUAUCUCAGCCCAAGGAGGAAAUUUUCUAUUUUACAUUAAUCAGACGAAAAUUCUCUGAGAGAAUUCUAAAAUUUAAAGAAAAGAAGGAAAAAAUAGUCCUAGAAAAAUAGACGAAAUACACGUAUACUAAAUAUUUAGCGAUCGAUCGAUAUCAAACAAAUCGUACAAGAGUUUACGACUGAAAAUCGAACGCAUUUUCUCGAUACUAUUCUAAUCCGUGUCCUUGGACAAUGAGCAUACAGCGUUGUGUAGAAACCUAGUACUUGGCCAUGGCCGAUUAAUCGUCCACCAGGGUGUCUUCGUUGUGGCAACAAACCUGGAGAUGCCAGGAGGCGAGCACGGGGGCCGAAAAUAAAAGAGAGCUACGAUCUUCAUCGAGAAAUAAUCGUACCUCUUCAGUCUUCCCAGACUUAUCCAACUUACUGGCCGCAUUCCCACGAGAAUCCUUUGAAAAUCUAUCGGCUUCGAUGAACAGGAGGCAGAAUAACAGCUCUAAACGUUACUAACUUGACGGAAAGAAAACAGAAAAGAGUGUCGUUGACCCGAGCCAUAAAGUGGUCCUCGAGUGUCCGAGCGCGGUUUCGAGGAGCAAAAGAGCCGCUGGCUGGUCAUAUCAGAGGCAGAAACAAGAAACAGAAGGAAAUUGGUCCACGUUAUCGACGCACUUGAUUCCUUCGCCGUCUCGAGGAGGCUAAUUUUAAGAUCAUCUCGAGAGUGAAGGAGGACUACUUCGACCUCUGUGAUGAUCAACGACCAUGGCGCCAGGAGCAACGACCCUGACGAGUCUUUUGUUGCUGUUGAUGACGGUGACGAGAUGCUCGUUGACGAAAAGUUUACUCGCAAGCACACAACCUCCAUUUGCCAAGACUCUGACAGGCGUCAGGUUAGCGGGUGGUUACAUGGAAGUGGUCCAGGAAGAUUAUUGCUCGCAUGGUGCUGUUCGACUGACCUGCAGGUCUCUCAAGGCGUUCAUCUUCGUCAUGAAAGCGGAGUAUCUGUCGAAUCUUACGCACGCUUGCGGAUACGAUGUGCAGAAGUUGAUGGAGAAGAAAAUGUACAGGACUCGAGGUAGCAGUAUGUCGUUCAAGAAGAAAGAGCUGAAGGGAAAUUAUAUCGAUGAUAUUGAGGAUGAACAAUUCAGGGUGGUAGAUAUUAGGCAGUCAUUGAACAGGAGAUGUUCCGGACAAAAACAUUGUCGUUACAACCUCACCACCGACCAACCAGGAGCUGCUUACUGGAAUCCUGCCACUUUGCAGUUAAAGUACGCGUGCAUUCCUGAGGCUGCCGUGAAGAAAUAUUGCAACGAGGAACUGAAGGUAGUCCCUGGCGAGGGUGGUUUCAUAAAUUCACCGGGUUAUCCGCUUUACUACCUCGGUGAAAAUACGUGUGGCUGGACCUUCAGGUCGGCUCCUGGGCACAGGAUAGUCCUGACGCUCCACGACCUGAAUAUCCGGGAGCCUGAAUCGGAUGGAAGUUGCGUAGACAUUCUAAGGGUACGAGAAAAAGGGAAAACGUUGUUCGAGAAUUGCGGUACCGUGGCUGGCGUCAAGGUCGUCUCAAAUUCGAAUGUAGUUACCCUCGACCUUGUCGCCACGAAGAAGCUAUAUACGGCACGAGGAUUUUUCUUGCAAUAUCAAGUGCUAGCCUGUCCAGAUGUCUCAGCACCCAACGGAAGUUACGCAUUGAAUGGUACUUUGACUACGAGAACCUUUUUGUGCAAAUUCGGCACUGUAUUCCCUGACAGCAAAGAAAGAACAAGGAUACUGGAGUGCAAGAACGGCAAGUGGAAUGAGAGUGUCAUCAACAUGCCAAGUUGCAUAGCCACGUCGGCGGUGAUCCUGAAGACAGAGCACGACCAUAAUCGGUUAUCCAGUCUUUCGGGGGAUAAUAUCCUUGGCACCGGAGUUAGGAUUGGUCGGGGCGAGGACGCAGUCGCGGAUAUAAACGGCAACAUUAUGGAUUCGGCGCAAUCAGCCAUGAUGAAGCAAACAGACUACGUCGUAGAUAUUGUCUUGCCAACCGUUCUAAUUGCUCUGCUGUUCGUUGGCAACGCCAUCAUCGUCUACAUUAUCUUUCAGUAUAGAAAGAGGAAAGUUUCAUCGAUAGAGCAAGGCGAGGAGAUGUCUCUACGUAACGCAGCCGAGGUGCCACAGGUGUGAUUCGUGUUAGAGUCAGCGAUAAAAUUUACGGUGCCAGCCCAAAAAGCGUCAGCGAGAAGGCCUACGUUGCAUUUUUCUACGAGGAUGAUCUCCAAACGAAAAUGGAUCUCUAAAAAGAGGAUCGUCGAGGAGUAUCGAACAUCAUCUUUUUUCUUUCUUCUCCACUUUUAGAAAGAAGAAUGAUCGUCGAGUCUGCAGAUGGAUUCUCGAAACUCGUGUUCAUUCGAUUUUGAUAGUUAUAUGUUCUUUGAUUGGGACACAUGACUGGAAAAUGUCUUUUUUACGCGCGCGAAAUUCAGAGACGCUCUCGAAGAAAGGACUAUAAUGCGCUCGUCGCCACUCGUAAUAAGAACAGCUGUCAAUAUUUAGGAAUCCAGGCGCCUAAUUAGUGCUGCCAUGGUCUUCUACCUAGAUGUUCACGCAUACAGACACACAUACAUACACGUAAACUUACGAUAAUGUAUUAUAAUGUAAGGAAAUAAUAUAUUCUAUAUUUCGUCCAAAUUGUGACUUAAGUUAAGAAUAAACAGAUGUUUUCAUAAUA